AUGAGUCUCAAACAGGAAUUUACAUAAACUCUUUGGGAUUAAUUGAAGCUAUCACUAUUUAAGUAUGCAUUUCUCAUAAUCCUAGUGUUGCGUACUAAAUUAUUGGCUAAAACAACCAAUCUUUUUAAACCACUUGCUUGCUCUCUCUUAUCUAAUUUCUCCAGCUUUUAUACUUCCCUUUUUAAAUAUAGCUUUAAUUUGCAUGGCAUAAUGUCAAAUUAUCAGGGGAAAUCCAAAAGUUUUUGUAGUAUUUCACUUCCAUACGAAUGCUUAACUAACAGAAAACUUCCGCCUAUCUAAUAGCAAUGUACUGUGCUAUCAGUAUUGUUCUCUUAAUUGCAAUUAUUGUGUUGUUGGCAACCAUCUUAAAAUAACUACUUAAUAAUUAAUUUCUUAUGCUCGUCCUAAGUGUUACAUUAAAAUUAAUCAUGACGGCCGGAUUUGUUGAAAUCCUCAGAUUACAUUUGGGCGUACUAUUUUACAAAUAUAAUAUAGUUUUUGGUAUGUAAGAGAGAUAACUAAGGAGAAUUAAGAAUGUUCUAUACGACUGAUUAACUCUGUUGGACCGGCAAUUAUAUUAUUCAUGCCUGCAUAGUUAUCUUUUCAAUGGCUGUCUUGUUAUUCAUCAUAACUAUUGGAUCAUAAUUAUUUAUUGAAGUUAGAAAUAACCAAAAAAAUACAUUUUCACAAAGAGAAGGAUCCACCUACACGUUUAUGUUUGUUUAUGUAUCAUUGUCAAUGUUCUCCUACUCCUUGAUAGAACUACCAAAAUACGCCGUAAUCGUGAUCCUAAUUCAAUUGCUGACAAGUUUCCUCUUCUUUUACAAAAUUAGAUUCAAAAAGCCUUUUUAUAAUAGAAAUGUUUAAAAAAUUUGGUCAGCCAUCAGCGGUUUAGUUUUUUAUACCAAUUUUAUGCUAUUGACUACAUUUACAUUCGAACACCUAGUAUUUAUAGGCACCAUGAAGGGAUGGAUUGUGUCUAUGCCUAUGCUUUUGGUUAUUCUCCUGUAGGAUGAGAGAUCAACGGUCAACUUAUUAAAAGCAAACAUGAUUUAAUAACUAUCCAGCUUAGAAAUUAUCUAGCUCUCUGAAUUUUUGAUUGAACUAUGUCAGAACUACGAGAAGGAUAAAAAUAAUGAAAUUCUUGUGUUGGGUUUUUUGGAAGUCCAUAAGCAGACUUGUAUGAAUCCUUAGUGUGCAAUUAAAACAUCUAUCGAACUAGCUAAGAAGUUUAAAGACAACCUCAAAUAUACAGACAAAAGAUUAAUUUUAAAGGAAAUUAUUGAUUAAAUCUAUUAGAUUGGUCUUUAGACCUAUCCGCUUAAUGUGGACUUAAAGUUGCAUUAUUCAUAUUUCCUUCUAGAUAUUCUAGAGUAGGGCUAGAAGGCAUUGAUAGAAGUGGAUAAGGCUGAUAUGUGCUAUCCAUCCUUUGCUUAACAAUUUCUAAUAUUCAAGAUGAGAAAGAUUAUCGAUUAAAAUUUCCAGAAAUCAGCAACUACAAAUUAAGUUAAAUACAUUUAAACUAUGGAUAGAAGCAUGAAAUACCAAUAUAAACAAAUUUUGCAGUUGGCAGAGGAAUGUGCCUAUUAUAAAAUUUAAUUUUGGAAUUCUUUAUUAGAUGAAAAUCCAAAUUUAUCUUUAAUACAGAAAUAUGGAAUAUUAAUUCUAGAAUCUGUUCGUUUAUUGAAAAAACAAUUAUUCAAAAUUUAAAGAAAUGCUCCUUUAGAUUCAUCUAUCUAUAGACUUAUUGAGAAAUUUUCUAAGUAUGUUCAUUAAUUGGAAAAUUAUAAAGGGUUUUAAAUGGCAAAUAAGCAGAAAGUGGUUUCUCAAUAAUCAGAUCAUUAAUAUCUAAAAAAUCAGGAUGAACUAAGCAUGUAUUCAUAUCCAGUUGUAGUCUUGGAAUUAUUUGGUAAACCCAAUCAACCAACAAUAAUCAGGAAUGUCAAUUAAGCCUUCCACUCUUUAUUAGGUUACUCCAAAACAGAUGUCAUUGGAAGACCUUUAUCAUUAAUCUUGUAAAGCACGUAAUUAAAUAUAAAUAAUAUAGAUAUUAAAAAUUGCAUAAUGUUUUUGUAGAAUCAUAUUUUUCCUAAUUGAGACAGGAUCAAAUAAACGAAACAGAAGAGAGAUCUUAGUUUUUGGUUUCUAAAAAUAAGUACAUACUCUAAACUUUUAGCAUAAACUCAAUAUACAUGUCUAAUAAAGGUAUUUUUCAGUUUUGUAGAUUGAGAUAAGAAAAAUGCUAUAACAAUUGCGCAUAUAUAAUCUUUAAUUUAGAAGGCAAAAUAGAGAGCAUUUCAGCAACUUGCAUAUCUAUCCUCAAUUUGGACGUUCGUCAAUUGCAAAUUCGCUAAUUGACAAUUUAAAGAUUAUUCCCUUACCUAAUGUAUAACAAGGAAGAUUAUAUCAAUAAAAUGAACUUGAUUGUUUUUGAACAUCAAACGCACUCUCUAAGUUAAAAUUCAGAUCUUGAAGAGAAGUACAAUGACUCAUGUAUCUCGCGGUUAUAUUAUGCAUAACUAUACGAAAUAUCUACAAAAAAUUACAUGUUUUCUUAAGGAGAUUCUCGCUAAUAGAUUUAUGGAUACUACUUAAAAGUACAAAUGAAUGAAGUGCUCCCACAGAAAGAGGAUUAUUGUCUAAUCAAAAGAAACAUCGUCAAACAUCAAUUCAAGUUUUCAGUUGAAUAAAAAGCAUACAUCUGUAUUGUUAAAUUUAUUAUAUUAGUUGAGCAUGUCAGCUAAUCUACUUCUUAAUAUGAAUCUAAUAGGAAUGAUAGCGACGUCUAAGAUGAACCGAAAGUUGCUCUGUACACUUAAUAAAGCAUCCCAAGCAAGAAAUUUCUUUCGAUGACUAAUCUUAAAUUAUAAUAAGGUUUAGGCCAUGAUAUUAAGACUUUGAGAUUGUUUCAAGGAGAAAUAAAGGAAAUUAUUGAUCUAGAUUAAGAUGAUGAGGAGGAAGAACAGAUUAGAGAACGAACUCAGAAAUUGCAACUUGAAGAAGAUAAAGAGUAACCUCAAUAAAUCAAGAUCAAUAAUUAGGAAGAAUUAAUGUAUCAUCUCCUGAGCGUUCCUUAUUCUCCACUUUUAAAGAAACUCAUUUUAAUUUUGAAUUCUUUAAUGAUCCUAAUGUUUGUUAUUGCAAUAGCAAUGUACGAGGUCAUUAUUAAUACUCAAAGCUAAUUUGAAUCAGCAAUCUCCUACUUAGCAGCAUCUAACUAAAGAUUUGCAUCUAUUCUAAAGAUUUAAUCAAAUUUAUAAGAUUUGAGAGGUUGUUAUUUGAAUCUUGAGCAAUACACUAUGAAAUCAACAGGAGGUAGGUAUGUACAAAUAAAUUAUGCUGAGUUAAGCAAUGAAUUGGCAAUUUUGCUUGAAAUUGAUCAAAUUUUAACUUCAGCCAAUGUGUAGAUUAACGAGAAAUAUUAAAAUGUAUUAAAUGAUUUUGAAUCUGCCUAAGUGUAAAUGUUUACAAAAAACAAUAAUUUUCAAAACUAUACUUUUACUUAAGCCAUAGAAUAAAUGAUAUCUAAGGCUAUCACUUUAAAUAACUCUAACAUAUCAGCUUACGUUGAUGAUAAUGAAGAUUUCCACUAUUAUCUUCAUAACACACUUAAUUCAGUUCCAAAGUAUUAACUAGUUUCACAGGCUUACUAUUACUACAACAUUCUUAGUUUAAUAGAUGACCUAUAAGUCGAAGAAAAUUCAUUUUUCACCAUACAAAUAUGUUGUCUUUCAUUCAUAUUUCUAUUGUUCUAAAUAUACAUCUUUUCCCAUCAAAAAGAUGUUAAAGAGAUUAUCUCUUUGUAUUUGGAGAUCAGAGAUAACUAAAUUAAGAAGAUGAUAAAUUAGUUUUAAACCUUUAUUUAGUUGUUACAAUUAAAUGAAAACGAUGAGGUAAAUAUCAUAACUAUUAGAGAUUGAAUCAAUAGAAGAAGAAGCCGAAGUACAAGAAGAAUAAGACUAUUACUUAGGAUUAUCUAGCAAAAAUAAAAAAAGAAAAUCAACAUUCGAAAUGAACAAUUACAGAAAAGUACAAGUUAACUUCCUAUUCUUUCUUACUUUACUAAUUUCUUACUUUUCCUACUUAUACUUUUCAUCAACUGUAAAAUAUUCAUAUCAUUAUACUUUAGACCAUUACUGAUUAAACUAAGUCCCUAGUACCUUUAGUGAAUCUAACAUCCUAUAUGCCCACACAAUACAGGUUGAUUGACAAUAGUAUUAAGGAGAUGCUUUACGAUGAGAGUGCCAUUUUGUUUAAUGAGUUUAAUUCAUAAGACAAGUUACAAAAAGAAUUGGAAGUAGUAAGGCUUUUGGAUGCAGAACUUCAUGCUUUGAAUUAAAAAAAUGAAUUGAUUCUAUCAGAUCAAUAUAAAAAGGUCUUUAAUGAAAUUUACAUUCAAAACCCAUGUGAUAUCAUAUUAGCAAACGACCCUUCUGUGAAUACAUCAGCCUGCCUAACUUUUAAUAAAAAUAUACUAUAAGAAGGUCUAUCAAUUGCAAUAACAAACUUUUUUGAAAAUGCUCAAAAUAUGCUACAACAAUACUCGUAUUAUAAUAAAAAUGCUGUUUAUAAUAAUUUAACCUUCAAUAUCAGUUCAAAUCAUCGUCAAAAUUACACUUGUAAUAUUUAUAACACAAGAGGUGGCAAUGCUAAUAGAAAAAUGCAAAAGGUAUUUAUAAGAGUGUGUCACAUGCAAUUAUUAGUGGAAUUACAAAGUUAUUUAAAUUCUCAUUAUUCUGAUUUACAACUGCAAUUUACUCUACUAUUCAUGAUAUUUUGUGUGAUAUCAGUUCUAGUGUAUUUUGUAGUUUGGAUUCCAUUGCAAGCAAGAUUUUAUUUGGAAUCCAAAACAGCCAGAGAAAUAUAGUCACUUAUUCCAGUUGAUCUUUUUAAUAAUUGCUAAUCUUUACAGGCAUACCUUAGAUAGAUUAAAGAAAAUCGUUGA